AUGUUGUCUCAUAUGAAAGGUGAAGUGUUGCAUUCGGUUCAAGAUCGAGUCAUUGUCUUGAAGCACAUAUUCGAUCAGCAUUUCCAUAGUUUUGACAAACAUAAUCGAGGUGCAAUUUCAAGUUCUCGUGAACAGUUGCAUGCAAUGUUCACAACAACUUAUGGACUAUUCUAUAGAUCUCAUGCACAGGAGAAAGUAACGAAGAGCGAUUAUGAUUGUUUGAGGGGAUCGAUGUCAUCAAUCCAACCGUUUGGUGAUAUUCCGAACAAAAUGACGAUUCAAUUGGAGAGAAGUGUUCGCACUGCUAAAUCAUUAACACGAGCACUGCGAUCCACAUCUGAUAUCCUUCAAUCCAUUUUAAAGAAGGAAUUGUCAGAUGCGUGUGCAAUCGCUGCCACACGAGUGACACACUGCUCACAGUGUAUGCAAAAAUCAGCUCGAAAACCAUGUUCAAAUUUAUGUUUGAAUGUUUUCAAAGGAUGUCUCGCCGAGUACGUUUCACUCGACGAACCUUGGAAUGUUCUUGUUGAUACACUCACAAAACUUGCGAAUCGACUCAAGGGCCCUUAUAAUGUGAUAAGUGUUGUGGUGCCCAUCGGUGUACAAAUAUCCGAAAGUAUCAUGCUCUUUCAAGAGAAUGACCAUCAAAUUUCCGCUAAGGUGAUACAAAAGUGUUUCAAAAAUUCGAAUAAACAAUUGAUAAAAAAGCGUGAUAUUGACAAAUCGCAAUUAUCACCGAACAUAACAAUAACAUCUACUCAACUUCAACUAUCCGAGCCGAAUAGCAGUGUCAAUACUCAAAUGAUGAUUUCAUUCAUUGACCGGUUGGCAACAACGCGAGGGUUUUGGCGAUCGCUUUCGAAAUCGAUUUGUAUUGAUGGUGAAUGGGCAGAGUCGGCGAGCGGAGAUGUACCGUGUUGGAAUGGAACUCAUCUGAGUGAUUAUAACCGACCACUGGUUGGUGAUGGCAUUCGCAAUCAAAUGCUCAAUCCUGAAUUCGAUUCGUCCAACAACCUUUCAUCAGAAGCAUUCGUGAACGAAGUAUUGAAAAUAUCGAUGUUAUCGAACCAACUGGCAGAUAUUUAUGAGGAACGUCACUUGAGGGAUGCGAACAGCGAACGAGAAGGUUCCGGCUCGCAGCUUCUUUAUUCACCAGUCGAUGAUGAAGACACUGAAGAUGGCAGUGGGUCAGAUACGAAUUUAGCAGUGGUUAUCGACAUCGCCGGGUCACAUCGAGACGUCGAAGUGGUCGUUCCGACAGUGGUGGAACAACCGAAAAUCGAUGUUGUACCCAUCGAGAGCGGAUCGUUAUAUAGGCUUGACUGCAGGCAUUUCGUCUCAAAAUUAACGUUCACAUUUCUGUUAUUUUUGUCGGUUUUCAUGCAAACUUGA